AUGGCAGGCACCAUCGACUAUGCGCGUUUGCGCGAACAAACCAUGGGCUCCGGCCUCGAUGAAGAGGCCGUUACGGUCAACACUCGAGCAUUGAUCGACAAGGUCCUGGCCAGAUACUCGGGAGAAUGGACGACUUUGCGCGAGCUCAUCCAGAACGCUGCCGAUGCUCAGGCUACCAAGGUCUCGAUCAAGUUCGAAACUCUACCGUCACCGAGCGUCCCCGUACCACCCGCCAGCGACCCGUCCGCUCAACUCAAGCACGUCCUGACCAACCAUACCCUACAACGACUGCUUGUGUCCAACAAUGGCCAGUCCUUUGCUGAGACGGAUUGGCAACGUUUAAAGAGAAUCGCAGAAGGAAACCCAGACGAGACAAAGAUUGGUGCUUUUGGUGUUGGUUUCUACAGUGUCUUUGCCGACUGUGAGAACCCUUUUGUCAGUUCAGGAGACCAGACCAUGGCAUUCUACUGGAAAGGGAACAGCUUGUUCACCAGAAGGGGAAAGCUACCGAAAGAACAAGCAACAGGCGAGACUGCCUUUGUUCUCGACUACCGCAACACAACAUCCCCUGUACCAAAUCUGAUAUCCAUCUGCCAAUUUCUUGCCACCAGUCUCACCUUCGUCGGCCUCCAGUCUAUUGAGCUAUGGGUCGACCAAUGGAAUAUGAUCACUCUCAACAAGAAGAUGGCCCCGUCGGCUGAUGUUAGUAUCCCAGCCGAUGUCAAUCCCAAGACAAAAGCGGGCCUCAUGAAGAUUGUUGGUGUGGAAUACCAGAACGCCCAGAUCGAUGCGAAGUGGUGCAAUGUCAUCGGAUGGACGCGUGUAGCUGGCGUUCAGCAACAGCUACAGCCAUCAUCAGAGCCACCAACUCAGUCACUGCGAGGUUUCUUCAGUCGCUUUGCAUCCGCUGCGGCCGGUCCUAGUACGGCCGCCAAACGAGCUGCGAAAGAAGAAGAAGCUGUCCAGAGAGCCAUAUCUGAGGAUCUCGCAGGCACGAGUACUGCUUCAGUGUUCUUGCGGAUCAGCACUGUCAAUGUACAAACAUACGUCAACAAGACUCUGGCUGCUGAACUUGAACGUGCUACCAAAAAGCCUCCGCCAAAGCAUACGAAAAUCGCCAUCUUGACAUCCUCAUAUGAUGAGAGUGCAGUGUCUAUGGCCACUCUUUCAGGCUCGUCAUCCGGCAAGGCAUCUGAAAUCUUUGCCUCUGUGCUUCCGAGCAAGAACGGACGUGUGUUUAUCGGUUUCCCUACUGCGCAGACGACUGGUCUCCUUGCUCACAUCUCCGCACCAUCUGUCAUCCCCACAGUCGAACGUGAGAGUAUUGACUUGAAUGCACGUUGGGUUCGGGACUGGAACGUGGAGAUGCUACGAGUCGCUGGCAUAGCAUGUCGAGUUGCCUACACAGGCGAUAUGGCCGAGCUAAAGGCCAAGCUCGAGCGUCAAAUGGUAGCUUCCGGCAUGAAAAAGGUUCAAAAAGAAGAUCUCGACGCUGUCAUGGCAUCCGCUAUCCACACUUUCAAGCAAUACACCUUUUCAGAGUCAACACCAUCAUCUCAGGUUGGUUCCAUCAUCGAAGAAGCCUUCUGGACUUGCAACUCGAAAGGCUCUAUCAAUCUAUUGUCUACACGUGGUGUACUUCCUAGCUUUGAGGUUCGUGUUGCGACCGAAGAUCUUAGUUUCGUGGAUGGCAUUCCAGUGGUCCCGAACGAAAUCAUGGAGAAAGCUUCAGUCUUCAUGCGUAACCUCAAAGAGUACGGGCUAUUAUCUGAUAUCACUACUCAUGAUAUCAAGAAAGAGUUGGAAGCUCGAGCUUUGGAAGAGAAGCAGUUGACUGAACUGAUCAAGUGGGCAGCUAGCAAGUUGAGCAAAGACGAAAUAGACGUUUCCGCGCUUCGCUCACUGUUCGAUGGUACUGUUGCCACGAUUGCCGAGGAAUACAGUAGCACGUAUCCUGGUCCAGUCUUGCUAUUGGGGAGCAUUGACUCGUUUCCCAAUCCGAGCAAAAUCCCUUCUGAGCUUCCUGCUCCAUCUACAACUAUACCUUUCCGCUUCGUCAAGAACAUACCCAAGAACCAGCUUGAAGCUUUUGGUUGGAGUGAAAUCCAGAUCGUGCCUUGGUUACGUUACCUGAUCGAGAAGGAUGGCGCAGGUCUUACCGCUGAGCAAAGCAUCACCAUAUCGCCCAACUUCUCUGGACAGGUGCUCUCUGUGGUCUCCAAGUCGUGGGACGGCCUGAGCCAGUCCUCGAAGGGUACUGUUGUGCAACUUCUUGAGCCAAGAACAGUCAUACCUACCAAGCUUGGUAUGCGCAAGCCAGCUCAGUCCUACUUCUCCUCCGUGAAACUAUUUGACGAUCUGCCUACUGUUCAUGGUCUCCAGGGUGUCAAGGAGAAGUUCCUUCUACCACUUGGAGUUCGUAAGACUGUGGAAUUGUCCGUAGUUUUCGACAGACUCAUGGCGAAAUCUUCAGGUGCUGCUGAGGGCAAGUGGAGUCAUGUUGACUUGAUCAAAUAUCUUGUCAGUGUUCAGACAGAUAUUCCCACUGAAGAUUACGAGAAACUGCGUAAGACGCCGAUCUGUCCUGCGGAGGUUCAAGGUGAUUCUAAGACCACAGAGGGCAAGCUAUACAAGGUCUCGGAUCUGUAUGAGCCACUGCCCGUCCUGAGAGAGCUCGGGCUGCCACUUCUGCAUUGGCCUGGCGAGUUCCGCAAAGGUAGUCCAGAAUCGAAAUUCUUGAGUGUACUAGGGCUCAAGGCUUGCCCUGGUGUUCAAGACCUGAUACCAAUCAUGACAAAAGCAGCUGCCGAGGGUGACUCAAGGUUGUACGAAAAGACGUUACAGUACUACAUCACCAACCACUACACCAAUGGAUAUCGCACCUUCCCAGUCGAGCGAGUCACGGUGCCGUUCUUACCGCUUCAAGGCGGUGAUCUGAAAAAGCUGGCGACACCCACACAAUGCUUUGCCAACAAGAGGUCUGCUAUCCUUGGCUUCCCGAUCAUUCGAGACGAUCUGCAGAAGCAUGCUGCUCUGUUCAACGUAGAGCAAAAUCCUCCCAUUGCCAUCUGCGCUGAGAACCUUAUCAAGAACCCACCCAAGAGUCGAACAGACGCUAAGAACAUCUUUGGCUACUUUGCAGGUCGCCUCAAUGAGAUCGGUCCAGCCGGUAAUCUUGCAGAGAGGCUGGGAGAGUCUCGCAUCAUUCCCAUCGUCAAAUCGGGUUCUGGCAAUGAGAAGAGCGAGAAUCUCCGCUACACCGCUCCCAGAGCUUGCUUCUUGGGCGACAGCGCUACCUAUGGCGAGAUCUUUGAUUUCGUCGACUUUGGGUCCGAGGCCAACUCCUUCCUGCUGAAGAUUGGCUCCAAGCAUGAACCCAGCGCGCCGGAACUUGCUGGCAUGCUCGUUCGUGAGCCUUCUCGCUUGUUGAGUACUCUCGGCCAGGAAAAAUAUCUCAGUCUUCUGCGUCGUAUAGCAGACAAUGCAAGUGGUCUGAAGAACGACAAAAUGCUUUGGGCUGCACUGAAGCGUUCUCCCUGUUUGCUUGCCGUAAAAGAAAUUGCGCCCACCACUAGUAAAGUGACUGAGGGUGAGCACGAUUACUUUGAGGAGAAUGAAUCAGCUAUCAAGGAGUGGCAUCUGGCCGUGCCAUCGAGUAUCAUCCUCGUCGAUGAUUUCUACAGUUAUCGCCUUUUCAAGGAGAGAUUGCUUGCUGGUCCUCAGGAAGAAAUACUCGAGAACUUGUACGCUGGUCUUGGAGCCACCUGGAUUAGUAGCCUGAUCGAAGAUGAUCAGCGGAUGGGCGGUCUGCUCCCCGAUCAAUCUAGUGCAGCCAAGCUCCAGAACCUGAUCGUUGAGCGUUGUCGUCUGUUCUUGCACGAUCAUACUGCAGAGGUAAUCCGCCACGACUCGAAGUGGCUUGAAGGAGUGCUGGCUGUCAAGGUUGUCAACUCGUUGACCUUGACCAAGACAUUGCGUGGGUACAACGCGACGUACAAAGAGAAGAGAACAGCUGCCCUGCAUAGAGACACAAAGAAGGACGCCACACUGUUUGUGACCGCUCGUCCUGACUUUUACGAGGUCGCACGUGCGAUAAUGUCUCUUUUGCUCAAGAGACCGAAGCAGCAAGACUUUCUCGCUCUGGAGAUGAUUCUGGAGAGUGACCUGCGUCGCUUGAAGACCAAGGGCUAUAACGUAGACCGUAUCCUACGUCAGAAGGCCGCCGAAAACCGCAUGGCUGAGAACAAACGACAACAGCAAAUUGAAGAGGAGCAGAAGAAGAUCGCAGAGCGCGAGGUUGAAUGGAACGCCCAGCAACAGACACGGGCUAUUGACGCACCUCAAGCACCGCAGGCUACCCCUGAAAAGGCCAAGCCGAUCCCAGGUGCUUUCGACAACUCACCAGAGACUAAUGUUGUGCAGCGUCCCAAGAGAGGUACUGGCUUCUUCUCCAACCUCCAGAGACAACUCGGAUUCGAGUCCGGCCCAAGUGAGCAAGAGCAGCAGCAGCAACGCCAGAAGCAGUUGCAAGACGCGCCUCAAUCUGGAGGGGGACCCUCUGAUGCUCCGCCACCUUAUACUGAGAACCCUGGACAAGUCGUGAAGAAGUCCACAGUCAGCCAGCAACCCGAAAAGAUUACUCCGCCCCAUCAGAUCACACAAAACCUGAUCUCGGCAGUCAAUUCUUCGCGCGCACACGACUCGUCCGCACUCUUCUCUCCUCCUUCCCAAAACACAGUCAAGGAGACACCAUCAUACUGCGACGCAAAUCCCGGUCAAGACCUAUCCUUUAUCGGCAACACCUCAGCAGGCGUCAAGAUCUUCCUCGCCAACGCUGUUCCCGCAUCUUCUAGAGCAACCUUCCUACAAGCUCACGCUGCCCAACUCAACGCAUUUGCCGCUUUGCUGCUCGACAUUGGCAACGUGUUCCUCCUCCGCCCACAGUCCCUGCACAUCUACUACAAUGAGUCUGGCAACAGCAUUGCAUUUAAUCGCCAAGGAUCCAUCUUCUGCAAUCUACGCUACUUCUUGCAACUGCAUUGGCCAAGCUUUGGAAGUGCAGCAGGAGAGGGUAAGCAAAAGGCAGCGGUGUAUUGGUUCGUGACGCUGUGUCAUGAGUUGGCGCAUAAUCUUGUUGAGGAACACAGUCAGCAGCAUGAGUUUUACACCGAAAGUUUUGUUACAGAGUAUUUUGGUAAGGUUAUGGCAAAGUGUGGGCAGUAUGCUGCUGAGGUGCCGCAGGCUGCUAUCCAGGGAUAA